GAAGAUCCGGACUAUGCAUUUGACGCCCUCCAGCGUCCCACAUCCAGAGGAGCGAACCAUUUAGCUUUAAAAAUGGGUCUUACAAUUUCAAACUUCAUUUUCUUUUUGUAUUUACUUCAAGGACUGAAUGAUUUAAUCAGCGCGCAAAACUCCGCGCCAUGGAGGAAUCGGAUCCGAUGGGUAAAUAACGGCCAGGUGUUCAGUUUAAUGAGCACCGGCUCCGAGUUUCACUCUCCGGUUCCGUCCAGGAGACAGUCCAGGGUGUAUCAGAACAGCAGGAGAGAUGCUGCGCCCGACAGAAGCAUGCAAAUUCGACUUGAAGCGAUAGAGAGACCCGCCAACAGCGCGCCAGAUAGUGCGCUUUUGGGUCCGGACCGCGCGCAAUACAUCAUGGCGAACAGCCGCGCUCCUGGAGCCAGACGAAUGCAGGUCAUCCAGAGACACAGAGCUCAUCAAGCAAGCAGAAAUACCUCUACAGUCCCGUCUGAAUAUUCAGGUGGAGGAGGAAGGACUGGGGAAAACACCAGGAGAGUUCAUGCGGUGGCGAAUCUCCAACAACUUGCAGCACCGACGGACAAUUCAAACACUGUAAAUUCAGAUUAUGGAAAUGAAGCGCGAACUUCAAAUGUGCCAGCUGAGCAGGGAGCUACGUCUGAAAGUAUGCCUGGAGAUGAUCCGAGAAACAGGAAUACAGUUUUUUAUAACAUUUACCCACCGGGCGGCAGGACGAUUAUACCCCGCCGACCUCCGCCUGGCACCGGUUACGGCACCAGAUUUUUCCAAAAUGGUCUGCCGGAUCUUGUGCCAGAUCCAUACUCCAUCCAGGCGGGUUCAUACAUCCAGCGCGUCCAGAUGUACGCGCUCCGGUGCGCGGCGGAGGAGAACUGCCUGGCGCGAUCCGCCUACAGACCCACAGUCAGAGAUCUGGACUACAGGGUUCUGCUCCGCUUCCCGCAGAAGGUGCGAAACAUGGGAACGGCUGACUUUCUGCCCGUCAAACCCAGGCAUCAGUGGGAGUGGCACAGCUGCCAUCAGCAUUACCACAGCAUGGACGCGUUCAGUCACUAUGAUCUGCUGGACAUCAGCUCUGGACGGAAGGUUGCAGAAGGACACAAGGCCAGUUUCUGUCUUGAGGACACCGGCUGUGAUCCUGGCUUUCACCGCAGAUACGCCUGCACCGCACACACACAGGGUUUGAGUCCAGGCUGCCACGACACAUACGCUGCCAACAUCGACUGUCAGUGGAUCGACAUCUCUGAUGUCCCACCAGGAAACUACAUUCUCAAGGUGACGGUGAAUCCGGACUUCCUGGUGGCCGAGUCUGAUUUCUCCAAUAACGUGGUGCGAUGUGAAGUCAUUUACACUGGCAUUUACAUCCAGACCAGAAACUGCAUCAUAACUGGGAGUUAAAGUCAUCAGACUAACAGGUUGUUCUAAAGACCUAUAAAAUAGGUUUAACUAUAAUAAUGUAAUAGAAUUGUUCAUACAUUUAUUUUUGGGAUAACUUGAAUCAUUCCAUAUAGUUGUUGGAAUAAUAUUUAAUGACAAACGUACUGUACGUGUAUGAAAUGCAAACAGAAACAUUGCAUUAUACUAACAGCUGCAUUACAAUGAUAUUUCUGCAAUUAUUUUAAAUGAAGAAGUUUAAACAGAUUGGGAUGUGGCUUUUUAGUGUUGUAUUUAUUACAUUUGUACUAUUAUUAUUAUUAUUAUUAUUAUUAUUAAUAUUGAAACAUUUCUUUUAAGCAGAGGGUUGUUUAGUGUUUUAUCAGCUGAUGGUGAAUAUUGUGUUUUCCACUAGUGUCUAAUAUAGACUUGAAAUCUUCAACGUUUGGUUUUUCAGCAGUCAGUGGAUAUCUUCGGGAAUAUUUUGUUGACGUUGUGUGUGUUUGCCAUGAUUAUAAGAUCCCUCCAUGAAUGCUGGAGUUGAUGGACGAGGCCGUUUGUGGCUUGAGAUGCAAUAAACAGAAAUGCAGAGAAUGUCA